UUAACUAUGGGCAAAAUUCAACAGAUCAUAUUGAUGGCUGCGAUGCUGUACGUCGGCGAAGCUCGUAAAAUUGAUUCAAUUCGAACGGAUAAAUACGAGCUAAGCUACUACAAUGAUGGAGAUGAUUCUGUAUCAUUUUGUGAAGCACUUGUAGCUUGUUCGGAACUUGGCUCAGGAUCAAGGCUUGUUAAAGUCAACGAGGAAGAUACACAGACGCAAAUGGAUUGGAUGCUUGAGUAUUGGAGUUAUUCACGAGUUUGGAUCGGCGCCACUGAUAUGCGAUCAGAAGGAGUUUGGUACUGGUUGGAUGGCACAUCUUUGAGAUACGGUUAUACAAAUUGGGGUGAUAACCAGCCGGAUACCGGCCGAACUACCGAACAAUGUGUAGCAUCAGGUAGACAUGAUUUGGAUGAUACAGAUGAUACGUGGCAUGACUUUUCGUGUGAUUUAAAGUUUGGAUAUAUUUGCCAAAGAGAUAUCAGCAGCACAAGAUCGUUGUCAACUGAUCCAGUAAUCCAAUUGUUCUAUUCAAACAACCCCACAUCUUUUGCGGAUGCGCAAAAGAAUGCGAAAGCCAAGGAGCCAAGAUUGUGAGAGGAGACCAAGAACGUUAUGAAAAAAUUCGGCAAAUAUUGCCUAAGUACAACAACACAAAAGUCUGGAUUCAAGACGAAUCAUCUGACAGCGGAUGUGCCGUGAUGAGUCACAAUCGCUGGCAAACACAUGAAUGCAAUAAAGGCAAUUUGGAUACAUCUGUGAAACCG